AUGUCGGCCUCAGGAUCUGGUGCCUCCGCCGCGUCCGACGCGGUGAAGAAGGGAUUCCCUCAUGUGGACCUCGAAGGUCAUAACCUUCCUCCCUCUCCGGCACCGUCUAGCCCGCGGACGGGGAAGCGAUAUGCCAUUGCCACCGAGCUGGUCUACACCGAGGCCAAUGACCAGUACAAUGCCAGCAGUGUUCCCAUCUACCAGAGCGCUACCUUUAAGCAGUCGUCGGGCGGUGGAGGCGGAGAAUACGACUACACUCGUUCCGGUAACCCUACGCGGACGCACCUGGAGAGACAUCUGGCCAAAGUGAUGUCCGCUCAGCGCGCCCUGGUCGUUUCCUCCGGUAUGGCCGCACUGGAUGUGAUCACUCGCCUUCUUCGUCCCGGUGACGAAGUGGUGACCGGCGACGAUCUCUACGGCGGCACCAACCGUCUCCUCAAGUACCUGUCCACCAACGGCGGCAUCAUCGUACACCACGUCGACACGACGGACCCGGCCAAGGUCCGCGAGGUUCUGAGCCCGAAGACUACCAUGGUCCUGCUGGAGACCCCGACCAACCCUCUCAUCAAGAUCGUCGAUAUCCCGCAGAUCGCCGCCGCCGCCCACGAAGUCAACCCCGCGUGUCUAGUGGCGGUCGACAACACCAUGAUGUCCCCGCUCCUGCUCAGCCCCUUGGAAUUGGGCGCCGACAUCGUGUACGAGAGUGGAACUAAGUACCUCUCCGGUCACCACGACCUCAUGGCUGGUGUGAUCGCGGUCAAUGACCUCGCCCUGGGGGAGAAGCUUUACUUCCCCAUCAACGCAUCAGGAUGCGGCCUCUCCCCCUUCGAUUCGUGGCUGUUGAUGCGUGGCGUGAAGACCCUCAAGGUGCGCAUGGACCAGCAGCAGACGAACGCGCAGCGCAUCGCUGAGUUCCUCGAGUCGCUGGGCUUCAAGGUGCGCUAUCCCGGCCUGCGGUCGCACCCGCAGUACGACCUGCACCACUCGAUGGCGCGCGGUGCCGGCGCCGUGCUCUCGUUUGAGACGGGUGAUGUGGGCAUCAGCGAGCGGAUCGUGGAGAGCGCGAAGCUCUGGGCCAUUAGUGUGAGCUUUGGCUGUGUGAACAGUCUGAUCAGUAUGCCGUGUCGUAUGAGUCACGCCAGCAUCGAUGCGAAGACGCGCGCUGAGCGCGCGUUGCCGGAGGACUUGAUCCGGUUGUGUGUUGGCAUUGAAGAUGCGGACGACUUGAUUGAUGAUUUGCGACGGGCGGUAAGUUUCCUUUUACUUCUUGUUAUAUGGAGAUGCGCUAAUUGUAUCUAG